AUGGGAGUACCGAACCCCAAUCUUGACGCUCUCGAGGAGCAGCGCCUCGCGCUCGAAGAAAACAUCCUCCAACUUCAAAAAUCGCUCUACCACUGGCGAACCUGGGAAGCAGAAUACGAUGGACUCCGCGAGGAGAUCAGCAACCUAGAAGACGAUGCCACCAAAGACGAAUUUCUUGCCGUGGCUCUGGAAUUUGGCGGCACACUAGUGGAUCAGAAGGAAAUGCAGACAAUACUUGGUUCGAAAGGCGUGAUGCGGUCUCGCGGGCAAGUGGUUGAUCUUCUCGGAAGACGCAUCGACUACGUGCAGCAGAACGUUGCGACUAUGGAGAAGAGGAUCCUGAAGGCCCAAAAUGAGCUGGACGCUCUGGUCCUGGAUGAUCAGCCGCCGCUGCAGGAUGGGGCGGAAUUCCCGAUGCAGGAAAUCAUGGAGGAGCUUGAUGAGGAGGGAAACAUUGUCUCGAGCAAGAUCAACACGCCUGGUAAUGACGCUUCGGAAUUGCUAGAUGUGCUGAAGAAGGCUGGUGUCAACGACAUCCCGGAGACGAGUGCGCCGGAGAAUACUGCUGCAAUUCUCGCCGAUGUUGAACGUGAAGGCGCGGUGGGUGAGCCGGUCAACUCGGAUGCUGUAGAUCAGCAAAAUUGUUUGUUGAAUGGCGACAAUGCAACCACAGAGCUAAAUGGCCCGUCUUUGAAAUUCUCUCAGCCCCAGUCUGUGGUAACUGCCGAAGAUCGCAUGCAGCCACCUGUGACGGAUGUGAAUGAAUCCGCGGAAGAAGCAAGACUUCGCCGGGAAAUGCUCGAUUAUGGAAUCAACGAGGUAGGGGCUAUUGUGGCAGAGUUAGAAAUGGAUGAGUCCGGAAGUGAAAUUUCCUUUGACGAGGACUACGAUUACGACUACGACGAGGAGGAAAACGAAGACGAACAUGGCCGCUCUCACACCCACCUUACGGCGGAAUACCACCAGCAGAUGAUGGAGUUGGAAGCCAAGCUCAAUGCCCGAGGUCUGAUGAACAUGGGCAAGGAUACUACGACGUUCCCCGAGGAAGUGCAGCAAGAGAUUGCGGAACCUGCUAAAGUUGAAACUCUCACCACAGAGAAGAAGCCUAAGAAACGGGUAGCGUUCGCCGAUGCACUUGAUAUAGCACCAGCUCCCGCGCCCCCGAUCACUACCCAGAAGGCUCAUGCCCCACAGGCCGAGCCCCAGGUGCUCGCUGAUUCCAUUGUCGAACGGAGCAGCCGUGCCCCAGAGUCCCCCACAGCCACCCCCGCUGUUCCCAAGAAGACUUCCCGGUUCAAAAGUGCUCGAGCCGCUACUCCAGGUAGUACCGCUAGUGAAUAUGUUGCUCCCCGGGCAACAAUCGCCAUUCCAUCAAUCGUCACCGAAUCCCGCCUUCGCAAACAAGCCAACACUGCUCCAUCUGUGGUGCCGCCUGUGCUCUUCCCCGCGACGCCAACAGAGCCCAAACCCUUCUCCGUGCCGAUCUCUGACAUCGUUGAGAAACCUUCUGCGCCUCAAUUUCCACAUGAUCGAACUCUGGCUGAAAAGGUCUUUGAGCGACAGAUCAAAACAGGGACUGCAGUGGCUCCUGAAUUGGACCACUACGAUGAAGAGCUUCAUCAGAAGCAGAUUGCAUCGGAGUUCUUCAAUAUGCAAAGACGCCUGAACGGCACAUCUAAAGAUGGCGAGGAACAGGAUCUGCUCCCUCCUGAGGAAGCUGAACCCAAACGAGUGAGCAAGUUCAAAGCUUCACGAAUGGGAUAG